CCAAUUACAUCGUCAGGACUGAUUAUUUGAGACUCUUCCCCCAAUCAGGUGCAGUCCUGAGGCAGUCCUUAGGCACAUUUGUUGUCAAGGGUGACGCAAGCGUUCAUUCAUUUUCACCGAAAGGAGAGAGAGCGAGUCAACGGGACAACUUGCUGUAGUGGAGUAGACUUCACUUGUUUCAGUGCUUUUAGGAAAUAAUUUGCAGAAACACCGUGAAACACCGUGAAAAGAUUGAUCUGAAGGAUCUAGUGCUCUUCCACAUAUUUCAAGGGUAUUGUCCAAGGUCACGCCACGGUUCGAGACUGGAGACAGGUGCUCUACACAGUACGAGCCCUAUCUGGGGGCAUCUGCUCUACACAGAACGAGCCCUAUCUGGGGAGAGGAGACUUUGUGAUGGGGAAAGGAAACAGUAAGCUGGCACCAGAGGUUCUGGAUGACCUCACCAAGAGUACUGAGUUCAACGAGGCUGAGCUCAAGCAGUGGUACAAAGGCUUCCUCAAAGACUGUCCCUCUGGUAUACUGAACCUAGAGGAGUUCCAACAGCUAUAUGUCAAGUUCUUUCCGUACGGCGACGCGUCUAAGUUCGCCCAGCACGCCUUCCGGACCUUCGAUAAGAAUGGGGACGGGACCAUCGACUUCCGGGAGUUUAUCUGCGCCCUGUCAAUCACCUCGAGGGGGAGCUUUGAGCAGAAACUCAACUGGGCCUUCAACAUGUAUGACUUAGACGGAGACGGCAAGAUCACACGCAUGGAGAUGCUGGAGAUCAUAGAGGCGAUCUACAAGAUGGUUGGCACUGUGAUAAUGAUGCGUAUGAACGAGGACGGGCUGACUCCCCAGCAGCGCGUGGAUAAGAUCUUCUCCAAGAUGGAUAAAGAUCACAACGAUGAGAUCACGCUGGAGGAGUUCAAAGAGGCAGCCAAGAGUGAUCCCUCCAUCGUCCUACUGCUACAGUGUGACAUGCAGAAAUAGAGGAGAG